UCGACAGACUAACAAGCAGAGGACUGCGGUCUCAACGUCUCUCUACAAUACUCUGAUGUUCUAUGGCCGAUACGCUGCAACAUACCCUCAAGCACCAUGCCAGACACCACCUACAGGCACAGUCGUGCAAGGCUUUGCGAAUGCAGACCCCGAUACCGAGAUGACACUUUUCCGCGAUGACUCUCGACGAGAACUCAUUCUGACCUUUCCCGGUACUGCCAGUCUCGGAGACCUCGUGACCGACAUCUCGGCUGUCAUGGUGCCAGCGACGAUCAAAGGCGUGAACUGCACUGCUUGUCUUGUUCAUGGAGGCGUUUUAAAAUCUUUCAAUGCGAUCCAACCGGCGACACAGAGCGUUCUGGAUACGGCUAUUGCAGCUUAUCCAAGCUAUAAACUCAUUCUCGCUGGCCAUUCGCUGGGCGCUGCAUUGACGAAAUAUGCAUAUGCGAGCUUCAAGAGCCAGGGCUACAAUAUUUCUGCAGCGUACUCGUAUGGAGAGUUUAGGAAUGGCAAUCAGGCGUGGGCGGACUUUGUUGAUGGUCUUUCUGGCAAUACAGAUGAUAAUCAAGGUCCUUAUUAUCGAGUCACGCACGCUGAUGAUGGUGUGCCGCAAGUCUUGCCGACGCUGACGGGGUGGCAUCAUUCUCGGAGCGAGUACUGGUUCUCCAAAGGUGCGGAUGGUCCUUCGACGACAUUUCGGUGUUAUGGCCAGGAACCCAGUGAUUGCAACAACUCGCAGCUGGGGAUUGGCGUGGUUGGCAUCAACCUUGCGCACAUUUUCUAUCCCGGCAUCAACGUCACUGGUUGUGGAGGUUUCUUCUAGGUGUAGAAAGAUCUGCUUGAAUUUGAGCAUGUCCCCAACUUGUCGCAUGUGAGUGGGAG